AUGACUUAUUCCUCGGUUCAAGUUGCAACAGAUUCAGUAGAGAACAAAUACAGUGUUAUUCUUCCAACCUAUAAUGAGCGUGGUAAUUUACCAAUUAUUGUAUGGUUAUUAGCUAAAACUUUUAAAGAAAACGACCUUGAUUGGGAGAUUAUCAUUGUUGAUGAUGCCUCUCCAGAUGGCACGCAAGAAAUUGCAAAGCAGCUUAUAAAUGUUUAUCAUCAAGACCGCAUUAAACUGAAGCCAAGAACCGGUAAGCUUGGUCUAGGAACAGCCUAUAUUCAUGGACUUCAGUUCGUGACAGGUAAUUUCGUUAUAAUAAUGGACGCGGAUUUUUCGCAUCAUCCAAAGUUCAUUCCAGAAUUGAUUAGAUUACAGAAAAGUCGAAAUUUGGAUAUCGUAACCGGGACGCGUUAUGCGAGCAAUGGAGGUGUGUACGGAUGGGACCUUAAACGCAAGAUCAUAAGUCGCGGUGCCAACUUUCUUGCAUCAACGCUCCUCCGUCCAGGCGUAUCUGACCUUACAGGAAGCUUUAGAUUGUACAAGAAAGAAGUUCUUCAAAGAAUCAUUUCUGUAGUAAUCUCCAAAGGGUAUGUUUUUCAAAUGGAAAUGAUGGUCCGUGCGAGACAAUUUGGGUAUACUAUUGGUGAGGUGCCUAUUACUUUCGUGGAUCGUGUUUAUGGAGAAAGCAAAAUGGGUGCUAAUGAGAUUGUGCAGUAUGCAAAAGGUGUCUGGCAAUUGGUAAAUAAUUUCAUGAUUAUAUUUAUUGUUUAA